CUCUCUCUCUCUCGUUGCCGCAUCCGGAAGAGAAAUUCCAGCAAUACUCGGAGGGGAGGCGGCCGGCCGAGGGCGACGGCGACGGCGAGGACGAGGGCGAGAGGAGGCACGAGGCGCGAGGAGGAGCACUCGAAGUAGUACUAGCUAUAUAUAGCUAUGGCUGAUGUGCUUGCUCCGGCUGCUCUGCCUUAUGUGCAAAUGGUUGAUUGGAGACCGCUGUGCCUAGAAGCGAGGCCAUCCCUGUUCCUCGUCCUCUUCACACCCUUGCGUGGUAAGCGGAAAGAGACCAAGAGGCUCAUGGACCAAGCCGGCACCAAGUCCGCGCAAGAGAAGAGGGUACUUCGUAAACUCAAGUGGUUAGCAGAGACCGGACUUGCCUCGCACAUCGACGCCCGGUACCUCUACGUGCUGACCUGCGCCCACAUCAUCGACCAUUUGUUUCACGCAGUGCACAGCCCAAUCCAAGCAGACAAGGUGAACGAGCUGUUCAGGGUCCAGGUCACCUGCCACCACGCCGAGAGAGCCUUCAUCGAGGGCGGGAGGGUCGGCGACCGCGCCUACGCGCCGGCGACGGUGUGCGGGAUCGACUGCGCCAGCGACCUCAUGCUGCUGCGCGUGGACCUCGGCGCCCUGCCCCUGAGGUUCAACGACGAUGGGCAGAUGGAGGCGUGCCCGCAUCCGCACCCGAUCCCGCACUUCUCCCCACACCAUGUGCCGGCCGCCGCCCAGCUGAUGCUGCUUUCUUGGCCCGAGUUCCGGCCCUGCACGUUGGCCACGGGCCUUUACUGCAUGCAGCGGUUUCUGCCUGACAUGAGCACCAACCCUGUUGGAUACGAUCUCUUUCUUCUGGAGGCGUACAUGGGAAGCCAGGGGGGCUCCUCAGGAGGGCCGCUGUUCGAUUCUUUCCGGCGGGUCAAGGGCAUCCUUCACGGCGGCUCCGGCGGACCGCACUCCCACUUUAUCCCGUCCAGACUCAUUCUCCCUUUCAUCCAGGCCUACGCGGUCCCUCCAAAGCCUCCAGCCCCAGCUCCCUCUGCAGAUGACAAGCCAGGCCCUCCUCCGGGGCCGGGACCGGGAGACCGCAAGCGCGGCCCCCCCAAAGAUGACAAGUCGGGUGGCUCCAAGCGACGUCUCUCUUCUGGUUCCCAAGGCAUGAGCAGCAAGUCCGCUGCUGCUGCAGGUGGGCACCGCCGCCGGCGAUACGUGCUCAAUCCCGGCGAUGACUGUUAUUGAUGAUGCAUUCUAGACCCAGUCCCACACCCAGACCCAGACGAUCGACGCCGGCCAAAAACUCUGACUUGGUUAUUUGGUUCCCAAAACUUGUCUGUUUAUUUGGUUCCCAAGACGGAGAGCAGGUCCGCUGCAGCAGCAGGUGGAUCCCGGCGAUGCUAUGUAUCCCAGAGAGAGAGGCUACCUACCCUACCCUACGCUACCCAGCGAGAUGAUCGACGCCACUUAUAUUCCACUUAUCGGUUUAUUUUUGGUUAUUAUUCAUUCGUAGCAUCCAUCCGAGACGGACGAUAAAACAGAUCGAUGAUAUAGUGCGUGGUAGUACUACCCCCGUCGAGUUUAUUGGACCCCUUCAUAUUUUGGUCCAGAUUUUGACCAUUUAUAUACUACUAAAAUAUAAAGUACUCCCUCUGUAAACUAAUAUAAGACCGUUUAAAUCACUAUUUUAGUAUUCUAAACGCUUUUAUAUUAGUUUAUGAAGGGAGUAUAUAUAUGCUAUAAAAAAUUAUACUGUUGGAUUUGUAUUUGACAGAGCUUUCCAACAAUAUUAUUUUUGUGACAUAUAGUUUACAUUUUGUUAGUUAAAUGUUUAAGUCAAAUUUUAGCCCAAAAUAAGAGGGGGUCCAAUAAACCCGGACGGAGGUAGUAUAUACUUGUUUAAUUUCAAAAGUUGUUUUGCGCCCCGCGGGUGGAGCCAAUACUAGUCAGAUAUCGUCCGGCCGUCCACCUUUUCCCCUUGGCUUCUCAGCGCCGUGACCUAGAUAGAUACUAUAGAUGGCGCUCAUCUUCAUUAGCUUCUCCAACCGAUCGAAGAGGAGGGAGAGGCCUCCUCUUCCACCCGUUCUCCUCGAUCGCCGGCGGGAUGCCUGCUGGAUCGGAGCAACUACUUUGGCUCUCCACGACCUAUACUUUGACUUGCCUUAACCAUAGUCAACAUGUAGCACUCAUGUGGAUUGUAAUGUUAUGUUACAACUAACAAAAAGGUUCGUGCGUUGCAACGGGAGAAAAAAAAUCCUCUCAUAUCUCUAGUUGGGUCAGUUGGACAAAUUGUGCGUGGCCGCUUCACAGGUUAUGAGAUCGAACCCUCCCAUCGGCAAUUUUAUUUUUUGCCAGCUCUCCGGACCUGGGCCUCAGUGCGCCGCCAGGUGGGCUUUUUAGUUGGGCCAAAAUGGAUGGCAAGUAACGAAACCAAAUAACAUACGUGAAAUUAAUUGAAGCGGGACCAAACGAAGCGGGACGAAACCAACAAUAUUACCUCUCUUUUAAUAUUAAAAAAUAGUAGGUAUAGAUUAAUCAACACGGAAGAAUGGAUAAUUAAAACUUGCUUAUCCCACUUUCCUUUUUUUUUGUGUGGGAGUGUUUGUCCAUAGUUAAGAGUUAGGAUUCCCUUGUUUACAUUAGAAAUUUUCCGUUUCCUCUAUUAAGAAAAAAACAAUGGUAUUGUCCAUGACUAGCAAAACAGAGCGGUUAAUUGCCUUAUUGUGUGUCCAUGACUAGCAAAAUAGAUAUUUUCUGCCUGCUAGGUUAAUCCUAACUGUUACUUUCUUCCAUGUUCAGAACCAGAGGUAUUGUCAUCUCAUUGGAAGAUGGCAUGUUCAAGUUCCUCUGCUUAACUAGAUUUGCCAACGAUGAUGUUCCUCUGACCGCAAGGCUAUUCUCUGGGACUAGAACUCAGGGCGUUUUUGUACUUACAAAUUGUCAGAAUAUUUCAUAUGGGAUGUCCAUUGUCUCAGAAUUACUGCUACAUUUCCAGAACCAUGCCUAAUCAUCAGACUGAAGCACAUAUGGGUGGAAUCUAAUAAUCGCUUCUAGGUAAACUCGCUAGCCAGUACUGCUUGUCGCUUAUCACUUCCAGGUAAACUCGCUAGCCAGUGCUGCUUAUCGCUUAUAAACUCGCUAGCCAGUAUACUCAAUAUCCAUGGUAAUGAUCUACUUGUGCUUGUCAUCCAGAAUGUGUGCUAAACAAACCUUGCACAUGUGUAGCUUACAUGGAGAUUCUGGGAGAAGUUUUCCUUUGAGGUUCGCUAGCAAGCAGAGGAGGUGACAGUCAUUAAGAUUGGUGGCACGUUGCAAAGCUCACCUUUAUCAAAUGUUCUUCUGGUUGCAAAAAAGCUUCCAAAAUUAUGCUGUCAAGUGCACGAUAUGCAGAAAGACUCUUUACUAACUCUCACUAACUUAGGAGCCUUUGCUGGCUUCAUAUGGGUGAUGGACAAAGAGCUUUUGAUGAUGCAGCUAAAUGCAAAAGGCUGCGUCCAAAGUGGGAAGAGGUGAACUAUCGGCAAGGAACAGCUCUAAUGUUCAUAAAGGAGUAUGAUGCUGCGCAUUCCGCACUCUCGCGCGCUUUAGAGUUGGACCCGGAAAGUGAAGAGACCGACAAAUUAUUCUGGGAGGCGAUGGAACUGAAGUGAACUUGCCCUGCAUGCUGACUGCAGAGAGAAGCUCACACACAGAAUCUCAAGCUCUCUGUUUUUGCGUCCUUACAAGAAAACCCGCAUGAAUUCACUCAUGGGCCGUAGCAGCAGCUUAGAGCAAACCAGGUUACUGGCUACUUAUUUUAAGUUGGUUUUGCGGAACUUAACCCCUGUUUUGUUUUGUUUUUUUGACAAUCACAAGAUUUUAUUUCUUAGAUAAUAGCCAAGCCUGUUACAAUGAGUUGAGAAAUAAAAUCAGGAGGGGUAGCAUCCCACAUAGAACUAGACUUUGAAUUAAAACUGGAUUUAGCCAGACAAUCAGCUAUGGCGUUUGCUUUCCGUGUGCAGUUGUCAAAAGAAACAGAAGCAUAGUUUGCCUUCAAUUCAUUGCACUCCAUGCCAAUCACUGCUUCCUGGCCCAGAUAACUUUCAAAAUUUU